AUGAACAAGCUGUACAUCGGCAAUCUCAACGAGAGCGUGACCCCCGCGGACUUGGAGAAAGUGUUUGCGGAGCACAAGAUCUCCUACAGCGGCCAGUUCUUGGUCAAGUCCGGCUAUGCCUUCGUGGACUGCCCCGACGAGCACUGGGCGAUGAAGGCCAUCGAAACUUUCUCCGGGAAAGUGGAGCUGCAAGGAAAACGCCUAGAGAUUGAACACUCCGUCCCCAAAAAACAAAGGAGUCGAAAAAUACAGAUCCGAAAUAUUCCACCCCAGCUUCGAUGGGAAGUACUGGACAGCUUGCUGGCUCAGUAUGGUACAGUGGAGAACUGCGAGCAAGUGAACACCGAGAGUGAGACAGCAGUGGUGAAUGUCACCUAUUCCAACCGCGAACAGACCAGGCAAGCCAUCAUGAAGCUGAACGGCCACCAGCUGGAGAACCACGCCUUGAAGGUCUCCUACAUUCCUGAUGAGCAGAUAGCACAGGGUCCCGAGAAUGGGCGCCGAGGAGGCUUUGGCUCUCGGGGUCAGCCCCGCCAGGGCUCUCCUGUGGCAGCGGGAGCCCCAGCCAAGCAACAGCAAGUGGACAUCCCCCUGCGGCUCCUCGUGCCCACCCAGUACGUGGGCGCCAUCAUCGGCAAGGAGGGUGCCACCAUCCGCAACAUCACAAAGCAGACCCAGUCCAAGAUCGACGUGCACAGGAAGGAGAACGCAGGUGCUGCCGAGAAGGCCAUCAGCGUCCACUCGACCCCCGAGGGCUGCUCCUCUGCCUGUAAGAUGAUCUUGGAGAUUAUGCACAAGGAGGCAAAGGACACCAAAACGGCCGACGAGGUUCCCCUGAAGAUCCUGGCCCAUAAUAAUUUCGUGGGGCGUCUCAUUGGCAAGGAGGGGCGCAACCUGAAGAAGGUGGAGCAGGACACAGAGACGAAAAUCACCAUCUCCUCGCUCCAGGACCUCACCCUCUAUAACCCUGAGAGGACCAUCACUGUGAAGGGCGCCAUCGAGAACUGCUGCAGGGCCGAGCAGGAGAUCAUGAAGAAAGUUCGGGAAGCCUAUGAGAAUGACGUAGCUGCCAUGAGUCUGCAGUCUCAUCUCAUCCCCGGCCUGAACUUGGCUGCCGUAGGCCUUUUUCCAGCCUCCUCCAGUGCAGUCCCACCACCUCCCAGCAGCGUCACCGGAGCUGCUCCCUACAGCUCCUUUAUGCAGGCUCCAGAGCAGGAGAUGGUGCAGGUGUUCAUUCCUGCCCAGGCAGUGGGCGCCAUCAUCGGCAAGAAGGGGCAGCACAUCAAACAGCUCUCCCGUUUCGCCAGUGCCUCCAUCAAGAUUGCUCCUCCUGAAACUCCGGACUCCAAAGUUCGUAUGGUCAUCAUCACUGGACCCCCAGAGGCCCAAUUCAAGGCUCAGGGAAGAAUUUAUGGAAAACUCAAGGAGGAGAACUUCUUCGGUCCCAAGGAGGAAGUAAAGCUGGAGACCCAUAUCCGGGUGCCAGCGUCGGCAGCUGGCCGGGUCAUUGGCAAAGGUGGCAAAACGGUGAAUGAGCUGCAAAAUUUGACAGCAGCGGAGGUGGUGGUGCCAAGAGACCAGACCCCUGAUGAGAACGACCAGGUCAUCGUCAAGAUCAUCGGGCAUUUCUAUGCCAGCCAGAUGGCUCAGCGGAAGAUACGAGACAUCUUGGCGCAAGUCAAACAGCUGCACCAAAAGGGACAGAGUAACCAGGCCCAGGCCCGGAGGAAGUGACCAGCCCCUUCCCAUCAUGUCGGCUCAAGGACAACAGGCCGAAAUCGAGAGCACGUUCUCCCCAGCAGGCCUGAGAAUGAGCGGGAAUCAGGGACACUUGGGCCAGGAUGUAGAUCAGGUUUGCCCACUUGCUUGAGGAAGUCGUUCCAGUGAGGAACCCUGAUCUCUCAGCCCUAAACACCCAACCAAUUGGCCCAACACUGCCCACCCCUGAGGGUGUCACCAUGGAAAUUCUAGCUCAGGGUGCUUUUAAACGUGGAUUGUUUUAAGUU